AUGGCGCCGAAGAAGAUCAUCAUCGACACCGAUCCUGGCAUCGAUGACAUUCUCGCGCUCCUUCUUGCUUUAUCCGCACAGUCAGAAGAGGUCGAACUGCUGCUUAUCUCUCUGACCUUUGGCAACAUCGAAGUGAGGAGCUGCCUCCGAAAUGUCGUCUCCAUGUUCCACAUUCUGGAGCGAGAGAUGCAAUGGCGUCGUGAACAGGGCCGGCCUGAAGGGUUUGGCGCUCUGCGCGCCUGUCGACCGGUCGUUGCCGUUGGGGCCGAGGAUCCUCUAGAGGAUCAGAAGAUGUUGGCCGAUUAUUUUCAUGGAACGGAUGGACUUGGGGGCAUUCAUGCUAGCCAUCCGCACUUCACUCCAAAGGAAACCUGGGAGCAUAUGUUCGAUCCCUCGGCAGACCCCAACGUCAUCGAGCCCAUACGCACCGGAGACUCGGCGCAUCAAUCAUUCAUUGCCUCCAAGCGGCCCGCGCACCAGGAAAUCCUCCGCGUACUACGCGAAAACGAUCCCGACACCGUCACCCUCGUGGCUGUCGGUCCGCUGACCAAUCUGGCCCUUGCUUCCGCGGAGGAUCCCGAGACUUUCCUGCGGGUCAAAGAGGUCGUAGUUAUGGGUGGCGCAGUCAAUGAACCAGGCAAUGUCACACCCGUUGCCGAGUUCAACGCAUACGCCGACGCAUUCGCCGCGGCACGCGUCUUCGCCCUCACUUCCCCAAACCCCAAAACCACCAUGCCAUCCGGCACCACCCUCCCCUCCUACCCCGCUAAACUAAGCAAACAGCUCACCCUGCGCCUCUUCCCGCUGGACAUCACGCACCGCCACGGCCUGACCCGCGGCCAGUUCCGUCAAGCCGUCGCGUCACACCUGGAGGCCGGCUCGCCGCUGGCGGAGUGGAUGUCGGCCUUUAUGGCGCACACGUUCCGAACCAUCGAGAGCCUUGUCCGCGACCAGGUCGGCGAUGCUGUCGAUCUCAGCCUGCACGACCCCGUCUGUGUGUGGUACGCGUUGACCGCCGAGGAUGCGGGCUGGAAGCCCUCCCAUGCCUCGCCUGAGGAUAUCCGGGUCGAGACGACGGGUCAGUGGACGAGAGGCGCAUGCAUCGUCGACCGACGCAGCCGGCAGCGCCUCGAAGGGGAGGAGGAAAGUGCCAGCGACCAUGGCCAUUGGUUGAGCACGAAGGCUGGAAAUCGGAUCUGGAGAAUUGACGGUUCGCCCGCGGAGAAGAACUUUGGCGCGAUUCUACUGGAGCGGAUAUUUCGAUGA